AUGGCGACACAAACAGCAACCCAGAAGAACCCAUCCUUCAUUCUUCAAGCCCCAAACAAAGUCGUCUACGAAGACCGACCCAUUCCUGAACUUCCCUCGCCAUACGAUGUCGUUGUCCGACCACGAUGGACUGGUAUCUGUGGCUCAGACGUGCACUACUGGGUCGAAGGUCGCAUCGGGCACUUCGUCGUAGAGAAGCCCAUGGUCCUCGGCCACGAAUCCGCAGGUAUCGUACACAAAGUCGGCGACAAAGUCAAGAGCUUAAAAGUUGGCGACGAGGUCGCCAUGGAGCCUGGUGUGCCCUGCCGCCGCUGCAUACGCUGCAAGGAAGGAAAGUACAACCUCUGCGCCGACAUGGCCUUUGCAGCCACACCACCAUACGACGGCACACUAGCACGGUACUACGUCCUACCCGAGGACUACUGCUACAAGCUGCCCUCAAACAUGAGCAUGGAGGAGGGCGCACUCAUCGAACCCACUGCCGUCGCCGUACACAUCACACGACAAGCUGGCAUCAAGCCCGGCGACUCUGUUGUUGUAUUCGGCGCCGGACCCGUUGGUCUCCUAUGCUGUGCCGUGGCGAAAGCAUACGGCGCAAAGAAGAUUGUAACCGUAGACAUCAACGACGAGCGCCUCAAGUUCGCCCUCAAGUUCGCAGCCAACGCCAGCUUCAAGUCGGCGCGAGUUAGCGCCCAGGAAAACGCACAAAACAUGAUUAAAGAGUGUGAUCUCGGACUGGGCGCUGAUGUCAUCAUCGAUGCGUCGGGUGCGGAGCCUUGUAUUCAAACUGCGAUACAUGCGCUACGUAUGGGUGGAACUUAUGUUCAGGGCGGAAUGGGCAAACCAGACAUCAACUUCCCCAUCAUGGCAAUGUGCACAAAAGAACUAAACGUCAAGGGCUCCUUCCGCUACGGCUCGGGCGACUACCAAACUGCUAUUGAUCUCGUUGCUGGCGGGCGUAUUUCCGUCAAGGAACUCAUCACUGGUAAGGUCAAGUUUGAGGAUGCGGAGAGCGCGUUUGCGGAUGUUAAGGGAGGGAAGGGGAUUAAAAUUUUGAUUGAGGGACCGGAGGGGCAGUAG